CACAUUUGGCUGCGUACUAUCAAACAAAGCAAAAGAAACGUCAAAAUUUAAUAUCAGUGUUUGUUUUUAUUUAAUUUUGUCGAUGUUGAAAAGUUUUUACUAAAAUUUAAAAUUAAAUUGUAGGCCAGCAAAACAUUGAUAAACUCAAAAUCUUAGCGAAAAUUUCGCUAAGAAUAAUGGACUUCUCGGUGUCCGUCGAUACCUGCAGGGUGUGCCUGCAGAACAAAUCGUCCACCGAAAAAAUGAUGACCGAUCCGUACAUCGUGGGUAGUAUUCCUCAGUUCAAAGGCGUCCCCAAGUUGGAAAGCUACCUGGAUGUAUAUGGAUUCGUUGCCGGAGUGGGAGAUUCGCUUACCGUACCUACUUCCGCCUCCGCUGUGGAAUUUUUCCCUACAAGGAUCUGUGACGAUUGUGUGAUGGGACUGUUGGCGGCUUUUGAAUUUCGGCGGAAGGUGCUACGGUCGGAGGAUGUAUUGCGAAAUCUUAUGGAUUUGUACAACGAUCAAGAAGAAGUGGAAACGGUGGAGGUUAUCGAAGAAUCGGAAAUUAUGAUAAGGGAAGAGGUUGAAGAAACGAUUGCAUUCGACGAGAAUGAGCAAGAGUUUGAAUAUGUGAACGAGGAAAUGGUAUAUGGCGAUGUGGAUAAUGCCAUAGAAGAUGACUACGAAACAACCGUUGAAGAUGUUAGCCAAUCAGGUCCUAGUCAAUCCAGUAAACCAAGCUCAAUUAAAGCCAAAGGAGCUCGGUAUGCUCCAGUCCAGAAAGAAGACGUCUUCUUCAGAGGGAAACCUCUGACAGCACAAUGCGAAGACUGCGGAAAAAUAGUUUCUUCUCGAUCGUUAAAGAUGCAUAAGUUGUCCCAUGAAAAUGACGGCGUCGACAGGCCUAAACCGCACGUUUGUGAAAUAUGCGAUGCUCGAUUCACCCUCAAAGAAAAUCUGAACAUGCAUAAACGAAUCCAUUCUAACGAUAAGCGUUACAGUUGCUCUUACUGUAAUAAAAAGUUUCUCCAUUGUUCAUCUCGCCGGUAUCACGUUGACAGGUGUCAUACCGGAAAAAAGAAGUACGUCUGUGAGAUAUGCGGUGCUGGAUUUUGCACCUCUUCGCAGUAUGUCCUGCACACCCGGCGACACACUGGAGCGACCCCUUAUCCAUGUGAACUGUGCGAUCGAAAGUUCAUCAGCGGACAAGCACUGAAAUUCCACAUGCUAUCGCACUCGGACGAUAAAAACUUCCCUUGCAACGUUUGCGGGAAGGCGUACAAGUCGCGUAAAUCCCUGCGGUUCCACAUCCGAACCCUGCACGACCUAGAGAAGAACUACGUCUGCCCGAUAUGCAGUCAGGCGUUCUCGCAGAACCAUGUGCUGCGGACCCAUCUGUUGAAAAAUCAUCCGGAUUACGAGCCACCACCACCGGGGACUAUCGUUAGCGUUCGGGGUGUUGAACGACUGAGGAGCCAAGCCGCAAUGGAACUGGAUGCCGUUCCGGAUGCACACUCAUGAGACAAUGCGUUUUCAUCUGGGAUUAAAAUAUAUUUGUUUAGAAUGGCUUAAAUGAAAAUGCAACUGAAAUGUGAAAGAA